AUGGAAACACUGAGCCAGGAGCAGAACCAAACAGAAAUUAAACAGCAACAUGUUGAGGAAGUAGAAGAAGAAAAUGAGGCAAAGAAAGAAACUUCAUUGGAUCUGAAUGUUUCUGGCAAUGAUUCUGCUUUUGGGUGCAGUUCACAGCUCAAUCUCAACACAUGUUUGGACAUGGAUUUGUGUAAGGCUUCAUCAGAUAACCCUCCUGAUGGUUCUGAUGCAGCAGAGGCAAGAGUUUUUUCUUGCAACUAUUGCCAGAGAAAAUUUUACAAUUCAAAAGCACUUGGUGGGCACCAAAAUGCUCACAAGUGA